AUGAACCCAAGUCAAGGUACCCCGGGUCCAAGUGGCCUUGGCUCUGGAACAUCGUCCGGGCCAUCUGCCAGUCAAGCUGGGACACAUCCACCUGCGCAGUUGCCAGUCAUUCGUAGCCUUGCCUUCCAAGAGAAGCCAUCCACUCCUCCCGAACCGGAAGGCGAGGUGCAAGAAGAAGCGCGCAUGACAGCUUUCAGACACCAGGCUGCUUAUCCUCAUAUGUUGUCACGAGAUGUUGUGCGAACAUGCCUGAAGAACAACGGGUGGGAUGUCAACCGUGCCGUGGCGGCAUAUCGGUGGAAGGGUUUCAAACAGGGAGCAAUUACCCCACCCUCUGCGACGACUGGGCCACACAUCCGCAAUCGGACAACCGUUGAACGAGAGCGACUUCACCAGGUACACGAGAUGCAGAGUGCGCUGCGGAGAGGUGACCCGAAACGGACAACUGGCAACCUCGAAAUGAUGCUGUUACAUUACGCCUACAACUUCGUCCCGGAGGAUAUAGCUGAAGCAAUUGCCGAACGCGACGGAAACUACGACGAUUUCGAAGAUGAGGCUGCCCGGCUACGCCAGCCCGCAGACAGUCAGUUGGCCUUGGAUCAGAGGCUCGCUUUGUUCUUGAAUAUCUCGGCCACUAACAGCGUUCAUUCGGCCCGGCAACUGCUCAACAAUCACAACUGGGAUGUUGCGGCCGCCAUCGAAGCGUGGAUGACGGCUGGGAAGGUUCACGUGACAUUCCCACCUUUCGACCCAGAGGAUAAAAAAGAAGCCGAUGAUGGCCUGCGGGCUGUCAAUGCCAAUCGUCCCCCUCAGAUCCAAGGGACCCGCUUUAUAUUUUUUGACCACGACAGCGAUAAAUUUAAUCAGUGGCUGACCAAGAAGCGCAAGCGCGAUGCCAACCAUAGCGACCUGGAGACCAGUAACCCAGAGACUGCCAUCUCAGGAGGCCAACCCGAGGAGCUUUCGAACGUGCUCAGCUCACCUCCCUCUACAUUGAAAAAGCGACCGAAGAACGCCGUGGAUGAAAUGGAGUCGGAAGUGCAGUCCAGACCAGGCCCCCAGAACGAAUCCAAUUCGAGGCCUGAAGACUCAGGGCAAGAUCCAUCAGAGACUCCAAGAAAGCCGACGAUCCGAGUCCGAGGUCGGGGUCCGGCACGGUAUUGGAUCCGUGAAGAAUACGAAGACGACGGCGACGUCGGCAAAAGUAACAGUGAUGACGAGGAUGAGGAUGAUGAUGUCCCGGGCCGCGAUUAUAUCAGCGGGAACCGUGGCGCGACAGGCAAUCCUCGUGGAGCCCUCAUCGACCUUGAUCGCCGUCCAGCAGUCGUCCACUGUCCAGAUCGGACCAAGCUGUAUGUCGAAUAUAUCAAGAAGGGCAAAUACAAGUUCGAACGGUUCCAAGGGCAGUCCAGGGGCUCGGGACGAAGGAAUGUACCCUUUCGGUGGGAUGACCUGGAUGAUGACGAGGUGGAGGAGGUGGAGUUUGAUUGGCACAACAAGCGACACAUUGCGCAACUGAACCGCUGGCGAAACGACCGGUUUGUCCAAAUCACAGGGAUCGGUAGGGGCGAACCUAACGGUGGACCAUUCAACAAGUACGAGGAGCAAUGGCUCGUGGAACAAGAAGGCUCGCGGAUUGAGAAGAAGUUCUAUGAAAGAGCAGGUCUAGAAGAAAGCUCCCCUAAGCAGACCGGGAACCCACCGAAUGAAGCAUACGAACGGACCAAAGAGCAGUUUGAAAGCGGCAACAAUUUCCCCAUCCCGUUGACCUCUGGCGAUUGUGAGGAUCUCGUGGAGCGUUUCAAUGCCGCUUUCUCGGGCAAGCGAUUCUUUUCGAAGACCAUAUACAAGAGCGCGACUUUCCAGUCAAUAACAAAGGACAUGAGUCGAGUGAGCGACGUGCCUCGGCCGCCGCGGAGCCACCACGAGAUCAGGCAGCACCGGUGCCGAAUCGCCGCCUACGCCAAACACUUUAUGUUGAAGCCCGAUAAGGCCAAGUUCACGAACGUCGACGACGAGGAUUACUUGAAAAGUGACUCGGACUCGGACUUUGAGCUGGAAAGGGCCGGGGGCACUGCGAACAGUGGCGCCGACCAAGGUCAAGCUGAUAAUCAAAUACAGAUUGGCACUGGCGGGUCCCAGACUGCUCUUCAACCUGAAGCCAACGCUAAUGCCAACGCUGAAGCCAAUGCUGAACCCCGGAGUGGUAGCGGCGCCGACCCGAGCGCCAACACCAUGUACGGGGGCAACACCAUGUACCAGCCUCCUAACACUCAAGACGAAGAAGGAGACGAAGAGGACUCGGACCUGUAUGGAGCAUGA